AUGUCAUCCAACGCCUCCACCUACUCCAACCCCUUCCCCGUCGACCCUGCCGAGAUCCGCGACAUCAACGUUCAUGCACGCGUCCCCGUGAUCCUCGACACCUCCAACUCCACGUACUUCGCGUGGAAGACGUACUUCACGCUGCUCUUCCGCGAGAACAAUCUCGUGGAUCACGUGGAUGGCACCGUGGACUCCCGCGCCAUGGUGGACGACGCCGAGUGGACCGCAAUCGACGCUACGAUCAUCCGGUGGUUCUUCACCACCAUCUCCAAGGACUUGUUCCACACCGUUGUGAGCGCCGACGACGCCCGCGCCCUGUGGGUCAAGCUGAACGGCCUCUUUACCGACAACAAGCUUCAGCGCCGCGUUUUUUUGCAGCAGGAAUUUUUUGACUGUCACCAGGAUGAACAGUCCAUUGAUGACUACUGCUGUCGCCUGAAGACGUUGGCGGAUGAGCUCCGUGACAUUGGAGCCAAGGUGGACGACGACCUCCUCCUCAGCACGCUCACCGCCGGCCUCAACGAGGACUUCGGCAACGCCGCCUAUAACCUCACCUUGAUGCCGGAGCCCUCCUUCCCAAGUUUGUGGCGUACUUGA